GGGAUGCUGACCUGAGCGGAAGGCAGAUGCCUCAUGGACUAAGGCACCCAGGCGUCCUGCCGUUGGUUAAUUUGGGUGCACUAAUGAGAGUGUGCUCAGUGAGCUUGGGAUUUGGGCUAUAUCAUGACCAGGGACCUGCAGGAAAAGUGCCCAGCAUAGCGAAUUGUCAUAGAUAGCUUCUUUGUUUGCAUUAUCGGUGACAGAUGAAAAUUUGACUUACUAGUGCUCAUGAAAUGCCUCUCCGGCAUUGUGGACUGUCUUGUCUUUCAGAUAAAAGCCUCAGCUGAAGCAGGCUAGGCUGACUAGGAGCUUUGUAAAUAUUUUAUGCUCAGUGGUUGUGGUUUGGAGAGGAGGAAGGAGGCUCUGAGAACUGGGGGGUUUGCCCUGCCCUUACCGAAGUCCUGCUGCGCACAGAUUGAGGGAGCCUUCAAGGUGUGUGAUCUGGUUGAAAGAUGUCUGCCCUCACUACCCUGUUUAAAUAUGUCGAUCAAAAUCAGGAUCGCUACAUUAAGAAACUCGCAGAAUGGGUAGCCAUCCAGAGUGUAUCUGCGUGGCCCGAGAAGAGAGGCGAAAUCAGGAAGAUGCUGGAAGUUGCUGCUGCAGAGAUCAAACAGUUGGGUGGCUCAGUGGAAUUGGUAGAUAUUGGAAAGCAGAAGCUCCCUGACGGCUCGGAGAUUCCGCUCCCUCCCAUUUUAUUGGGCAAGCUGGGCUCCAACCCGCAGAAGAAAACCGUGUGUAUUUACGGACACCUGGAUGUGCAGCCAGCAGCCCUGGAGGACGGCUGGGACAGCGAGCCCUUCACCUUGGUGGAGCGCGACGGCAGAUUGUAUGGGAGAGGCGCAACCGAUGAUAAGGGGCCAGUGGCCGGCUGGCUGAAUGCCCUGGAAGCCUUCCAGAAGACAAAUCAGGAAAUCCCCGUCAACGUCCGGUUCUGUCUGGAAGGCAUGGAGGAGUCGGGCUCCGAAGGCUUGGACGACCUGAUUUUUUCCCGGAAAGACACGUUCUUCAAAGACGUGGACUACGUCUGCAUCUCCGACAACUACUGGCUGGGGAAGAAGAAGCCCUGCAUCACCUACGGGCUCAGGGGCAUUUGCUACUUUUUCAUCGAGGUGGAGUGCAGUGGCAAAGACCUGCAUUCAGGCGUGUACGGGGGCUCGGUGCACGAGGCCAUGACGGAUCUCAUCACGUUGAUGGGCUGUCUGGUGGACAAGAAAGGAAAGAUCCUCAUCCCCGGCAUCAACGAGGCAGUGGCCCCCGUGACGGAGGAGGAGCUGGCACUCUACGACCAGAUCGACUUUGACCUGGAGGAGUACGCCAGGGACGUGGGGACGGAGACUCUGCUGCACAGCUGCAAGAAAGACAUCCUGAUGCACCGAUGGCGGUACCCGUCCCUCUCCCUUCAUGGGAUCGAAGGUGCCUUUUCUGGGUCAGGGGCCAAGACCGUGAUUCCUAGGAAAGUGGUUGGCAAGUUCUCCAUCAGGCUCGUGCCCAACAUGACUCCAGAAGUCGUCAGCGAGCAGGUCACGAGCUACCUGACGAAGAAGUUUGCCGCCCUGCACAGCCCCAACAAGUUCAAGGUGUACAUGGGCCAUGGUGGGAAGCCCUGGGUGUCUGACUUCAACCACCCUCAUUACAUGGCUGGGAGAAGAGCCUUGAAGACAGUGUUUGGUGUCGAGCCCGACCUGACCAGGGAAGGUGGCAGCAUUCCUGUGACUUUGACCUUUCAGGAGGCUACGGGGAAGAACGUCAUGCUGCUGCCUGUGGGCUCAGCGGACGACGGAGCCCACUCCCAGAAUGAGAAGCUCAACAGGCUGAAUUACAUAGAAGGAACCAAAAUGCUGGCUGCCUACCUGUACGAGGUGUCCCAGCUGUAGGAGCGGGAGCGCUGCCCCGUCCCCACCCGUCCCCGCCACUCAGGACCGUGCAGCUCAGCGCUCUCCUCGCCCUCUCGUCCGGCAUAUGGGGAGUGACCAUGCCACGUUCCCGGAGGUGGGCAGCGUGAGGUCUACAGCGAACAGCCAGGAUCCAGCACACAACUGAGGGCUGUGGCUGCCGGCCAGCUGGGCUGCACGGAGCCCUUGGUGCGGGCCGGCCCGUCCCUGCCUCCCGACUCGGAUGCGUGCGCUGGGGAGAUUUAGUCGGGGGCACCCGGCGCCUCCCGGGGCCGCCCCUUCUGACCCUUUGGCCUUGUGUGGGUUCUGUCCUGCUCGCACGACCUCAAGCCGGUACCGGUGUCUCCUGUCUUCUCGUUAUGAUGAUUCCUCAAAACCUAAACUUAACUGGAAGGAUUAUUUGUUCUCAGUAUGUGCUGCCAAAUAAAAAAGUGGAAAUGAA